AUGGCAAUGGCUCUGCUCCCGCUACUGCUCUCGCUCCUCGUCGUCUCCUGCGCCGCGCAGUCGCCGGCCUCGUCGCCGUCCGCGUCCAAGGCUCCUCCGGUUAGCGCCUCGGCGCCGCGGGCCUCUGUAGCGCCACCGACAACGGCGGUCUCGGCGCCGCAAGCCUCUGUACAGCCGCCAACAACAGUUGCCGCGUCGGCGCCCCAGGCCUCUGCCGCGGCACCGACAACAGCAGCCUUGGCGCCACAGGCCUCUGCUGCGCCACCAACUACAGCAGCCUCCGCGCCGCAGGUUUCUGCCGCGGCGCCACAGGCCUCCGCCGCACCUCCUACCGCCGCCGCCGCCUCGCCGUCACAAGCCUCUGCCGCGCCGCCAACCACAGCCUCCUCUCCGCAGCUCGCUGCCACGUUGCCUCCGGUUGCCUCCCCGGCACUAGCUGCGACGACACCUGUCCCUGCUACCCCUCCAGCCACGCUACCUCCGGCAACACAGCCUCCCGUCGCGUCGCCUACCGUCGCCGUCGCCGCGCCAGCCCCGACGAUUCCGGCUCCAGUCGCCUCCCCGCCCCUGGCAAUGCCACCAGCGGCGCUUCCUCCGGCCACGCUCCCUCCAGCAAUUGCUCCAACGCCACUUCUCGCUGCCCCGGUCCUGCCUCCCACCGCGCCACCGGUCACGGCACCUGCACCGGCCCCCGUGUCUCCGGCUCCAAGCGUCGCCCCGACCCCGUCGCCGACAGAAGCCCCCACCCCGUCGCCCACAGAGGCACCGACCCCGUCGCCCACGCUGGCGCCGGAGCUGGCGCCUACACUCGCGCCGUUCAGCUCGGUGUCCGUGAGCCCGUCGCUGGCGCCGGGCCCCGCGCUCGCUCCGGACGAGGAGUCGGCGGCGCCGAGCUCGCGCACCGGCGUCGUCGCCGCCGCUCUGGUGUCGUCCUUGGUGGCCGCCGGGCUCGUCGUCUUGUUUUAA